AUGGAGGACGAUCUCUCUGACAGCGACUCGAGAACUGUUGUCGUUGGCAGAAAGAGAGACCUACAAGACAUGCAUUAUCCUGACGUAUCAGCAGGCGCUGUUUCCUCUGAUGAUGAGUCUCGUCCAGCACAUCUUAAACGUCAAAAACAGAAUCAUGACACCUCAAGUCACGACAGAGAGGCUUUGGUGGUAGGAGCAGAUGGCACCCCGGCCAAACCAGCUGAGAGACAGCUGACUGCUUCUGAAUUUGAGGUGUUAGAGAUGGAACACGAGAACCCGCAGAAAGCUUCUAGCCAUUCGUCAAGCGCUGUACUUGAGGAUCAAAUCUCUCAAAGCGAUGAGAGAGCGAGGCAGUCUAUAGGAGAUGCGAACGUGGCGAUUCCACCCGAUAAAAUACCAGCGAACUCCGCUGUAGGUUGGAAUCGAGGUGUUCAAUCCGGACUUCGUACCUCUUUUGGUAACAAGAAGCAAAUCAAAACUUCGGACCAAUCUCAGCCUAGUAAAUCUAGGAAUGAUUCCCGAAGCUCAAAUGCCUUGGAACUGGACACAUCCAAGGUUGAACCUGUGCUCUUGCGCGAAAAGACUUGGCCUUUGCCCAGUCGAUAUCGAGACCUUAUGGAUUUGGUGAAUGAGGGUAAAACCCUUUAUCCUUCACAUAAGAUUAACAAGAAACAACAACCCUUCAGGAUAAACGGAGAAGAGUUUCAUCUGCGUCAGGUUUGGGACGAAGAGGCCUUGCCCUACAAAGUGACUGAUCUGUCUUUCAAUAUUUGGAUUGUCCAGUUCUUAAGAAUGAACGCGACGGAGUUGGAUAAUCUUCGCGCCAGGAAAAUCUGGUUUUUUCGGGAAGCAUUCAACAGGUACAUCGAAACUUGGUAUUGGCAUGUACCACAAUAUCGUCAGCGAUUAGUUGAUACCUCCACAGGAAGCGAUGUCUUGACUCCAGAAACAGCAGUAGAUAUUGCCAUCAAAUUCGCGCCUCUUCCCGUCAAGGAUAUGAAGCGUGGCCCAGAGAAGCUUCAUGAUACCCCAGCAAAGCCGCCUGUCACACAGCCUGGACAGAAAAGAACGCGAUUGACUGACAGCGCCGAACACGUCACUCGCGUCUCUAGUUCUGUCGCUGACAACCUGAGCUGUAGCAAGGCUGAUGUCAGAGAUAUUACGUCCUCUACUCUGUCUGAAAUGCCGCAGAGCAAGCCUCCCCAGCCAGCCGACGUGACUAAAGUCGUCACAAUUCCUUCAUCCGAUGAUGCAGAUGGGUCUUCAUCUUCAGAAAGCUCUGAUCACGAUGUUGAAAUGGGUAAUGCUUCACCAGAAUCUCGUGCUAGCACCGGAGCCUAUGGCAUAGACGUCGAUGCCGUUGUUGAAAUGGCUUUACAAAGAAAAUAUUUCUCUGGUGACAGUCCGAGUAGCUCAAUCCAUCGAUGUCUUGCCUGUGGUGACGAUGGCCAUUGGCGCAAUGAGUGUGCAGUUUUAGACUGUGGGAUUUGUGGAGAGCAAGGAAAACACUCCAACUUUACUUGUCCCAAGAAUCAACGUUGUAGCAAAUGUUCCCAGCGUGGCCAUUCCUUUUCAAGCUGCCCGGAAAAAUUACAAGCAACAAAGGCAGAGGCUGGAGCAUGUGGUAUAUGCCAAGACAAAGAUCACUGGGAUUCCAACUGCCAUUUCGUUUGGCGCAGUUUCGCACCCAAACCAGAAGAGAUCAGAACUGUUUCUCGUAUUCCUAUACACUGUUACACGUGUGGUGCGACUGGUCAUUACGGCCCAGAAUGUGGACUUCAUUCAGGCCCGUUAUUAUCUGGUGGCUAUACCUGGUCACAACGGAACGUCCGAAAGUAUCUCGAUAACGCCAGCAAUGACCGAGCGGUUUCAGCAGGUAUUGACUACACGUUGCCUAAAUUCAAGGCUGUCAACGAUUUCAUCCCCCCUCCUAAGGAUUUCAGCAUCAAGGGUAAGGGCAAAGCAAAUGAUCCGUUCACAGUUGAGGACAGCGAGGAUGAUGUAGAUUUUCUUCGUCCGAGAGUAAAUCCUUCGACUCAGCGUGGGCAUAUUAACUUUGGAAAAGCCUCCCAAAAUCAGCCUAGACCCCAAGACAGCGGGUUCAACCGCAGUCAACAUAUGCAGAAUUAUCCGGAAGAUAACAUGCAGUACAAUGUUUCCGGGAGAGGUAACUACGGUAUGGAUUACAAUCGUAGGCAGCAGUAUUAUCCGAGUACGGAAUAUCCUGCCUUUGCUCAAUCUGAGAAUCUAGCACCGACCGAGGCACUGAGGCAAAAUUCUGAUAAGCCUGGUCGGAAGAGAAAAAGUAGAACAGGUGGUCAUGAGUCUGCUGCGCCGAAGCCUAAGAAGCAAAAACCAGUGGUUCUUGGUGUGCCGAGCAAAAAGCCAAAAAAGCCAAAGAAGACAAAGAGGGCCAAGAGAAGAGAGGCGGAAGCGAGAUUAGCGCAGGGUGUACAUUAA